AUGCUCAGCCACCCGUUGGAAGCCUACGUUACCGAGCGCCAGCACAGCUUGAACCAAAGCUGGCAUGACGCGAAACCGGCGACCCAGAACUCUGCCGAAUGUUAUGGCUACGGAUCGGACCAGUGGAACUAUCCCGUUUCGGAGGACUGUCUCUACCUCAACAUUGUCCGCCCUUCCGGCUACGAGAAUGCAUCCCUCCCCGUAGCGUUUUGGAUUCACGGCGGCGGAUUUAAUCAAGGCGGUGGUGUUGAUCAGAGGUACAACACAUCCUUCAUGAUUCAGAACGCCGUCAAGAUCGGCAAGCCGAUUGUCACUGUCAACAUCAACUACCGCUUGAGUGCUUGGGGUUUCCUUAGCGGAAGCGAAGAACUCAAGGACACCGGUGCUUUGAACCUUGGUCUGCGCGAUCAGAGGCUUGCUCUGCAAUGGGUGCAGGAAAACAUUGCAGCGUUCGGUGGAGAUCCAUCGCAAGUCACCAUCUACGGCGAGAGCGCCGGAGCCGCGUCUGUGGGCUACCAUCUUACUGCGUACAACGGUCGUGACGACAAGCUCUUCCGCGCAGCCAUCAUGCAAUCAGGCGGCCCCAUCAAUUUCGGCCCACAAUUGGAUCCUCUCGGCAAUGCGGAUAUGUAUAAUGAACUUACACGACGAACGAACUGCGCAAACCAAACAAGCCCACUCGAAUGCUUGAGGGCACUGCCUGCAGAGCAGCUCAACACCGCCAUCAAUACGACCAGUGCAACACUCAACGUCACCAAUUUCAUGCCAAUUAUUGAUGGAGACUUUGUCCAGAAGCGUGGGUCUAUCCAACUAGCAGCCGGCGACUUCGUCCACGUGCCUAUAGUAGACGGUGCAAACUCCGACGAGGGAACAGCAUUCAGCCCUUCACCAGUAAACUCGACUGCAGACUUCGAGAUGUUCGUCUCAUUAUCGCAAGAAGGCGGACUGCCGGCAAACUUUACGCAGGCAAUCUUAGCAGCUUACCCAGAUGAUCUUUCAGUCAAUGUUGUCGCCAGCUUAGGCAAUCAGCGGCCCGGUCCGCCAUUCGGUGCACAAUUUCGCCGGUCAGCCAGUUACUUCGGAGACGUAGCCUUCAUUGCUCCUCGCCGAAAGACCUGUGAAACAUGGGCUGCGAACGGUUUGGACGCAUACUGCUAUCGCUUCAACGUCAUUCCAGCCGGCAUUCCCGCUGCCAUCGGAGCAACUCACUUCCAAGAAGUUGCUUUCGUAUUCAACAACGUCCAGGGUGUUGGUUACAUUCCUGCCGCUGUACCACCGUUCGAGAACAAGACCCAGAGCUACCGUGACCUAGCACACUUCAUGAACAGCAACUGGAUCAGCUUCGUACACGACUUGGACCCGAAUGCUUGGAGGGAGUCGGGUGCUUGGAACGGAACCGAGGAGAUGUGGCCAAAGUACACGUUGAAUCAGCCCAUGGACUAUGUUUUUGACGCCAAUGUUUCGAGCUAUGCUGAGCCAGACACAUAUAGGAAACAGGGCAUGCAGCUCAUCAAUGACAAUGCUCUGAGUGUAUACUCGCGAUAGGAUACGGAUCUGGAUUUUGUAGUUGAGAAGUAGAUGAACGUUAUUGAGACAACUACAAUGUCAAAAAUGCAUAUUUGUAUCGACUGC